AAAUAAAAUCAAGUAACCCAAAAACAAAAGAUGAGCGCUUCUUCUCAUGAUUUCGAUUACGUCGAGGAGAUCGAGUAUUGGUCUGGUAAUCCGACCAUCAGCCUCAUCGAGGGUACCUUUCGCUGUUUGCAUUGGGUCGAUACUGACUUGGACGAAGCUCAAAGUGGCUCUGCUAGGGGCGCCAGGGGUCCUCCUGGGUCUAGUGGGACGAGACGUGGAAAGAUAGAUGAACCGCCAGAGGAGAGUGGUGAUGACGGAAAUAAUGGAGACUAUACAUCAACCUCACGCAUCUCAGUGGAGCGACUGGGUGCUGUGCAACCACCGCCGGGUCUGCGCUUAAGGCAAUCAAAAGAGCAUCCUCAGCGUCAUCCUUCUUGGUCCGUUUUUUUACCUGAAAAUGGGACCAAGAAUGCACUCAGGGAGGCUAACGCGGUAGCUCUAAUGCGGGGGACUGCUGACGAACAGAGCAUCGUUUUACUGUGCGGUAAUGUUCCAUUCUCUUUAAGGCCUUUCGAGGUCUGCGAGUGGAUGAAUAUGCGAACCAAUGUGUUUCGCCACACCAGAGUUCUCCACGGCAAGGAACCGGGAUAUUAUUUGUUUCUCAUUUAAGGCUUGUGAUUUGAAAAGGAAACAAUCCUAGGGGAAAGAAGCGAAGCCAAAAGUGACUCAACCAAAGUAGACUUAUAAUCGUCAGGCCGUUGAUAAUGGUAAUAAAAAGGGACAGCAGCUGCUGUAACAGUAGACUCAGUGAGUAUCAGUAAAUCUAGCGCUAACUCGUGGCCUUACGACCGGAAAUUACACCGAGACAGGCAAAUGUUUUGCUGCGAGAGUAUAGGAAAAAACCGUUUGGCAACGUUUUGGAAAAAAAGCCUGGAUCUGAGAGGAACAUGCCAGCUCUGCACUACGUCAAGGAGGCAACGAUAUUGGUGUCGCACAACACCCAGCAACCACCUGCAAGUGCGAACUGCUUUGGAACACCGAGAUUGAUAAGUAUGGCGAGGACGGGCAUUUUUACUGUUGUUUGGACUUUGUCGAGUCGCUCGUCCAUUUUUAGAGGUCUUUAACAACUACAACUACAGAAGUUUCCACCCUUUGUUUACUUGGAACAACCAUUUCUUCUAGUAUGUCCAUCCAUCAUGCCUUAUUCCUUGCACCCCUCCCUUCUCUCCACCCAUCCUUUCUCUCCUCCAGCAUCUUGCUUCUAAUUAUAAAGCCCCUUUCGUCGAGCUUUUCCCGAGCUGUAUCGUCGACCAAAGACAAGUGGAACAGCUGCUAUUGCCCGAUCCCGAACCGCAACAAGAAUGCAUGGUCUGUCUAGAAAGCAGUGACGCAAUCACAGAUCUGGGUGGAGGAGUACGGAUUAUUAUGGACGAAUGAUAGGAGUUUUAUUGCCUAAGACGUUUUCUUUUUCAUGUUGUUGCUACCUCUGUUGUUUUGCUAAACCUGUUUUUCUCUACAAAAGAUGGCUCCUCCCGGCUGCAGCAGCGUUGGUGGAUUAGUAGAGUAGUGAUCUCAAAAAUCCUUACAUUGAUUUAUCACACUCAUUUUCAUGGUAGUGAUUUUUUGAUGUUGUACUUACUAAGUAGACGAGUACAAGAUAAACAAGAAGACAGAGUACAAGAUAAACAAGGCGAAUACAAGAUAAACUUAAACUUGUUGGGCUCUAUCUAAGGUUCUUUAGCCGAAGAAAUAAUAUAUAAAUGUAAGUAUCUAUGUAUGAGUCUCUUCAUAAAUAACCGCUUCUAAUCCUUCCCUGCUCUGCGGCCAUUCGUUUCACAGUCUCUGCCUCUUACGGUGGUUGGACCAGUCAUGUCCGAUCUGCAGGUUCCACCAGUACCCUGGUAGUGGAAUGCUGGGACGUGGGGAAGAUCAGGCCUCAUUACAAUGUGAAGCCUGUGCUGCUGGUGACGACUUAUCGAGCCUGUUUGCGAGUGGAGCGAUCAGUACCGUGGCAGCGGCGCAGGGGCAGGCAAGGUUAUGGACAACUUGAGGGAUAUCCGCCAAACAAGUACAUAAUCAUGGUAGACUAGUUGAAGGACCCUCCUAAAAUGGAAGGUUCAAGGUUGGAGGAUAUCAAGACGUCAUGACUCUUGAGUGAUUGACUUAGCACUCAGAAGGUGCCAUGUUAGUACUCAGAAGAGGCGGUCUCCGUUGCUCUGUGUAAGAUUUGCUUCAAACUUGGCCAGGGAGGGUUAGACCUGAAGUGCAUGACCAUGACCAUGGCGACGCCCAUAGCACUUCUCUCUAACUUCUCUAACUUCUCUCUCUAACUUCCUUCUCUAACUUCUCUCUAAUUUCUCUCUAACUUCUCUCUAACUUCUCUCUAACUUCUCUCUAACUUCUCUCUAACUUCUCUCUAACUUCUCUCUAACUUCUCUCUAACUUCUCUAGCUUCUUUAACUUCUCUAACUUCUCUAACUUCUUUAACUUCUUUAACUUCUUUAACUUCUCUAACUUCUCUAACUUCUUUAGAUUCCACAGCAGCCCUGUUCCAAGCUUCCAGCUCCAGAGUGUACUCGGAUAUGGACGCAAGCGCCGCUUCAUCUUGGUCUUGCAGUGGCAUUAGCACACCCAGGGAAAGCAUAGAGUUGGAGAUGACUGGCAUGCCAGAAACUGACUUCCAACCUGUCACCUCGAGGAGAAGCAGAGGAGGAGUCGGAGGAGGUAGAAGGGGAGGAGACUUGACAAUAGAAACCAGUGUUAGUCCUCCUCAUCAUAGUGCUCAGACACAACAGGCAGCGACCUCUUGUACUUCAGCAGGAUCUAGUACCUCAGCUGGAGGUGUUCGAGUUGUACCCAAGCUCUCUCCAGGGACAACUGGAGACUUAGCUCUACUAGGUACAACAACUGGAGGCUUAGCGAGCAGUCCUCCAGAACAGUUGAGUAUACGAAGCCGGCGCGGUGCUGGUGGAGAUCAUACAUGUAGAGAAGCGAAUGACAAUGCUGGAGGUGGAGGCAGUGGUCUCCUCGGAGUGAACUUUUAAGGGUAGGUUAAAGGUGUUCCCCCUGUUAGAGCGUUCGUUUUGCCUCUUCUAAGGGAGGGGAAAGGCAUAACGAACGGGGUAAGUUAACAAACACCAAAAACCUACCUCUAAAACUUAGCGUCAACAGCAUCGGGGGGGACGUGUAGUUAUGAGCUAGAAGCGUUCAAGGUGAAGAUAUCAGUUGCUUUUUUAUUUUUUUGUCCACGACCCCUUUUCUCAUUUUGCAAAAUAAAAUCGCUCAGAAGCUGAACAACAUAAGACUGUUAACAAAACGACCCAGCAUCCUCAUCCCCCUGUUAGAAUUCUAAUCUCCCAUCGGCGCAGCUGCACCUUUCUUUCCACCAGUGCUUGCUCCUUACUCACCCCGCCUCUUCGCACAGAUGGCCACGAUCGAUGUCCAAGACGUCGAUAAUGAGCGCUCUUCUCCUCUCUUGGUUAACACUCGCAACGUAAUGAUCUGUCUAGUGUGCGGCUUCUGCGCUUGUGAGGUACACGCCCAAUGGCACUACGAAGCGAACCGAGGGCAUGCCUACGCUUUAGAUACCCAGUCGCAGAGAGUGUACGAUUACUCGAGUCGCGGAUAUGUGCACCCGUUCUUGGAGCAUUACUUGUUUGACGACGAAGAGGAUAAUCAACAUGGUUCUGCGCAAGAUGACAUACCGCAACGUCAAACUACAGCAGCCACAGCUGGUGAUGGAGUUGACCAGACUAAAGAAACGACAACAGCUGCAACUACCACUGCAGGAGCACCACUACCUUCGCAACUGCCAGAGCUACUAGAACAGCAACAUAGCCGCGUUUCGAAAGCUGUAAGCCCACUAGCGUCGAAAGCGUCGCCGUUGGUGGCUAACCGGUUGGUGAGACAGAAGUUGGGCGAUAGUGCACAUGGUGACGUACUGCUGGAAUCCAACCGUGGAGGAUUUCAGGAUCCGAGCGUGGUGGUUAGCAUUAUGAUGAAGAGUUGAGCAACUUGAAUUAUAUGAUAAGAUAAAAAUCCUGUAAAUCAUAGAAAGUGGAAAAGUAGUACCAUAGUUAAGGCAACGCAGGGUGCAUCCUCAACAUCAUCCUUGGCUUCCAUUUCAACUAGGAAAAGGAGCAAAGGAUGCUAUCAGGAGGAUUUCAGGAUCCGAGCGUGGUGGUUAAGCUCUAUCUUCUAGUUCACUCGUAUUAUUGAAGAUCAUGUUCAUGGUCUGCCAUAACACGUUCUAUCUCACUUACAACUCUAAUUUGAGAGGCAAAGAGGGCAAAGGACCUUCCGAUCCGCAGGAGAAGGACAGCUCUGCUCAGCGCCAACAGGUUAUCGUCAACCCUAUCGCAGAAUUCAACCAGCUUCUCGCGACGCAAUUGGAGCAGCAGCGACUUUACUUUGGUGACCUCUUGGCUAGGAAAGAGCAGGAAAUGAGCGAAUUUCGAGCUGACUGCAGGCGCAGAUUGGAAUCCCAGAAGAAAGAACUGGAAGUCGCAGAGGAGAAUGCGAAGAAGAAGGCAGAAACUUAAGGCUUGAUGCAAUUCACUUCCAAGGGUCACUUUCUUCUUCACUUUCUUCUGUUACUGUUUCCUUCUUGGGAUUCCGAAGAAAUGAAUGGAAAGAAUGCCUUGCGUUUAGCUCUAAGAUGAGCUGGCAGAGGUUCGCGGUGCUUUGGAAGCAAAGAGGACAGCUUUGGAAGAGACAAAGAGAAAAAAAGCAACCGCUGAAGCAGCCCUGAAACAAGGUGGAGGUGGCUCCUCAUCCUCAGCAGCGAGUUCACCAGCUUCGCCAGGAGAUGAGAAUAGUUUAGUAGCCUCCAUACUAAAUCAACAAGCUUCCUCUUCUUCCUCUGCCAGUCCGAAUCACCCUGCUAAGAAGAAAACAGCUAAAGAGAAGAAGAAUGAAGAGAAGGCGUUGGUAAAACAACUGAGGCAAGAGAUCGAAGAAUUGAAAAUGAAUCUGCGGAUGAAGAACAAGUUCAAAAAACAAAAAGAUCUCGAUAAGUCCAAUCUUCUUUUUACAACCUCUGCACCCUAAGCUCCUGCUUGUUGAUGAACUACUGUCUCGCUAGCGG